CGGCUCGGUCUAACCAGGUGCGUUUAGGUUAUGGUUGUCGAUGUGAAGUGAAUCUCUCUGCGCCGCGUUCACGUCGAAAUCCCGUUCCCUCUCCGUCAUUAGACGCUUAAAAGCCAUACCAUGUGAUUCAGACGGUGUAUCAAACCCUGGCGAUCUCGGGAAAAGAUCGACUUGGAUGCUGGAAGGGCCGUGAAGACCAACGGAAAAAGAGAAAGCUCCGCCAGAACAGGGAACUCUACCCUGGAGCUCGCCUCGGCACGAUGAUCCGGCCAAUCAGAUUCCUGCUGUGACGACAUCCUCCCGUUUUCAUUGGCCUCCCCGAGUCAAAACAAACCCAAAUCGGGAGUUUCCAUCGGGUACCGAACUUACCUGCGAAGUCAAGAGAGAGAAAACUUGCGCUGAGGUACACAUGCAUCACGUUUGUUGUUGAAAGGACGUGAGCUGUUCCACGGUUUUGGAGUAACUUGCGAUAAGUACCAACGAGUCUUAAAGUGUAAAGGCUUUCAUCACCGGAUUGCUGAUGAGUGUUACGUAACUGCUAUCGCUCGGACAUGUGAGUGUGUUUAGAAGCCCGUGUAGAACGAUAAAACUAAGUUUUGGUAGACAGGUUUACAAGAUGUAGUGAAGAAUAUCCCAGGAAAACUUCAUCGUGCUAAUUCUAGUAAACGCUCUGGUGAUGGUGAUUUGAGGGUGUCGCUGGAUUGAGAUUAUGAAAGUUUGGGGCAUCAAGAAGUAAUCCAGUUUGAAAAAGGUGAAAACAGAAGACAAUUGUAUGAAAAUUUACGUACUAUUCGACAGUAAAUCAUCAUGAAUACUGAAGCUCAAUAAUAUUAUUUUAAACGUUCCGGUUUUUAUGAUAAUUUCAAGAAAAAGGUAACCAGAAAAUGCCUUUCAUUUCAUAACAUCUUGGUCAUCUAGAUCAGACAUCUAGAAUCUAAAUGUCAACCCAAGACCAUAAGCAACGCCAUUUGAACCUUUCUACCAAUCACCUCCAAGCCUCUCAUUCUUCUUCUCAAUAAUCGAGCAAAAGAAAUUUCCAGCAUCCAACGGUAACCCGUUACUAAUCGUAAACCGAUACCGGGACAAUACCGAUUGAAGGAGUGAAGUGAAGGAGUGGAGUAAAGGUUAACUACUCCGCUGUCUCCUCCCUUUCAACAUCAGUGCUCAGCGGGGAUCCUAAUUUUUUUUCUAAAGGAUAUAAGGACAACUGCUCACCGGAGCAUCUUGUACGAGGCUGGUAUCCUAUAAUGAUGCCCUUAACCACAAGGAUGAUUAGAAGGCUUCUCUUUGGCUCGCUUGCACCGAGGACUCGCCAAACUGUGAGGACGGUUGCUAUUGCUUUGGUCUCGGCUCUUGCCCUGGUUGCUAUUUUCCAUCUGGCGAAGCUUGCUGAGCAUCCUGUGGACAGCAAUGCAAUAGAAAAUUCAGCCCACGCAUCCGAUGUUAUCGAAGAGAAGUUGAACAAUGAGGCAUUCUUAAAGUCCAAAACCGGAAAAGUCUAUAGGCAACCUGAGAGGGUAGAAGCAGACCACAAUGGAGAAGACUGGCGAGGAGGCCAAGCAUUUGCAGAGGCUAUCUUAACAGCUGGAGGGAAGAACCCGGUCGCACCCAUUCAGGACAUGCUCGCUCGAGCGGGGCACAAUGCUAAAAUCCACCCCAUUCUAGGAGUACCUGUCGCUGCAGACUUCCUGGAAAGAGACAUCGAGAGACUCAACAGACUGGACAGGUCCCGUGCCAGACCAGCAAACGCCACUGAGAUCGAGAAGACUCUUGAUCUGGUGAGGGCAAAAGCCGAGUCUGAUCGAAAGCUGCUCAGCAGCAAGGAGCUGAGACUUUGGACUCCCGGUGACAUUCCCCUUCGUGUGUUGCUCGUAACCACUUGGAGGUCUGGGUCAACUUUCUUGGGUCAGGUUCUGGCAAAUCAUCCUGCUGUUUACCACCACUACGAGCCACUGAGUCCAAAAGGAAUACGGCAGAUCAGAUCUGGUCGAGAUGCUGUCCAAGCUCAGCAGUUGCUUCACCGUCUCUUGGACUGUCGUUACUCAGGGUUGGACGAGUACCUAAAUUACACCCGGUCUCAUGCAGAAGACAUGCUGGGGCAUAAUCAACCCAUUUGGGAAUCUUGCAAACGUGGUCCAAAUACUAAUGCUUGCUACAAUGCCACUUUCUUAUCUAAAGCUUGUGAGAUGUUCCCUAUCCAGCUUGUCAAGACAGUUCGACUUCGCCUGAACUUGACGCAGCUCUUCCUCAACGAUGAAAAGAUGAACGUCAAAGUUGUAUUUUUGGUGCGCGAUCCAAGGGCCACUAUGAGCUCAAGAUACUCAUCUGUCUCUUGGUGUACCGAUAAGCCCGACUGCUCAUCUCCAGAAGUUCUUUGCUCUGAUCUUCAGGGUGACUUGAAAGUAGCAACAGCCCUAGAACAACUGUACCCUGACCGAUUCAUCAUGGUUAAGUACGAAGAGAUGGCAACAAAGCCACACGAGCAGAUUCAGCACCUUAUGGAGUUCCUAGGUAUGGAAUACUCUCAGGAAAUUGCCAAAUUUGUAGAGGAACACACACAGAAUGACCAGCAGAACCCAUGGAGCACAAAACGCAAAUCAUCUGACCGUGUCAACAUGUGGAAGAAGCAGUUGCCCCUUCAGGAAGUUCACGCCAUCCAGAACGCCUGCGAACCAGUCCUCAAGACCCUUGGUUACGAGCUGGUUGGCCAGUGAUCACCUACCCAAGUAAUCGUAAAGGUCUUAUUUAGAUUAUGUAGUGAGACUCUGCAUUCCCUCCCUUGCAGUGAUCAAGACCCUUUCUAAAGCAAAGGCGUAGACCUCAUUCCUCUCAGGUUCACCUCUUACAGGAGACAUCACGCCCGGGGAGGAAGAAGACUGAGAUAGGUUGUGCCUUACGGCCAUGUCACAGAAACAGUUUUAUAGCUCGGGCUUCACUUCCAGCAAUCUCCAUACUCCAUGCCUUUUGUGUUCUGAAAAUAAUAGCUAAGUGCUUCACAGACACUCUAGGAGGCAGAAUGUGCUUCACUACUUGCCAAUUGUGCCUCACCUGACUUUCUCAUGAACUAGGCUGUGAGCAAGAAUCGUUUCAGUUUCCAAAGAGUGCAAAUAGAAUUAUUUAACGGGCCUUUCCUUGUUCGUUGGUGUAAAUAAUUCUUGUUUUUUUGUUCAUAUUUAAAUGUGCUGUAAAUUGAAUGAACAGAAUAGAAAAACGCCUGGAAGAUGUUUCUUUGGUGUUUGUAAAAUGCAAGAUGAUAAGGAAAUAAUAACCAUCAAUUGACCAAUUUCCUAUAAAUUCUGAAUCUAUCUGUGAAUGAAUAGUACAUAAGCUCUGUCCAAACGAAGCUCAUUAGUAAAACUUUAUUAUAGGAAAAGAAUAAUUGUUCAUGGAGGUUAUAACAAUUGUUUCUGCUUUGGUGUACUAUAUUUUAGGAACAUGUUCUAAAAACCUGUUGAUCUUCAACUUUUAUCAUGAUUUCCAGGACCUGAAGUAACUAUUCUCAGCCAGUUUACAAUCUUUGAAUAAGGAAGAUCGUUUGACCCUUCAGAGCUCUCAAUGAAUUCAUAUUAAUUCUUAGAAUUAAUUUAAAUUUUAAACACUUACCACUUUUUUAUAGUAGAGUAAAUAGUGAUUCCAUAGGAACAGUAGUCUAUGUAUAUAGUGUACAUUCUCUCUGAACAUGACACUGAUGUGUACUGUACUUUUUAACGGAAAUUUUGUGACGUUGCCAUUUUUCAAAGAUUAUUAUCUAUGGAAGAAAAUACUUAUUAAUUACAGAAUAAGCUUCUCUAAUUAUAUUAGGCGGAGAUAAUUUUUCUGUUGAUUUUAUUUAAUCAUUUUUAAUUUCAUAAUAUUUUGUUUUCAUAUUUUCUUUAUGAUACUGAGUUCUGUAAAGGCACACUCAGUUCCUUAAAGGAAUUGUAUGACAUUUCAGUAUUCCAAAAUACAAAUAAUCCCGGUAAACUAAAGAAUGUUAAUGCUAGCCUUGCUGUAAAAAGGCUAGUCAUUCCUAAGUCUAAGUCUGCUUUAUGUGGUGAUAUUAGACUGGUAGUUAUCAUAUUCUCUAUGGAAAUUCUAUUAUAAAUAGAAUUCUCAUUCCUGUGAAUGGGAGUAUGUUUUUGAAAUUAGUUUCAAGCGGAUGGCACUUGAUAUAAAGAGACAAAGAGACUAAUUAAUAAUCACUUCAUUCGAAAUGUUUUACGACUUACUUGUCGCUCCUAUUUUGAACGUUAGGGAGAGAUUACCAUAGAAUGAUAGAAACCUCAAACUCUGUGAUAUAGUCUUAUAAUAUUACAGUGCCCUCAGAAUUCUGGAAGUUGGUUCUUUUAAGAAAAAUAUGAGAAGACAUUCCUUAAGAGCAGAAGUAUCAAUUUAUGAUAUUCUUCAUAUCGGGGACUAUUAUUCUGAUACACAAAUUUGAGUUGCAGUGAUUUGUGACGGUGAUUCAAGAAGGCAAUUUUCUUUCAUAGGAAUUCAAAAUAAGGAAACGUUUACUGUAUUUGAUUCGUUUUCCACUUAAGUUUAACUGUAAUCAUGAUGAUUAUUAUAUGUUAGUCCUAUAAACUAAGGUCUGAUUAAACAAUACUUAUUUUUCAUGACAUUUGUUAUAUGUUGAGGUGUAAAUGGCAUAAUGCUAAUCUCUAAUUUAUGUAAAAAAAAUAUCAUUUUAACUAUUACUGAGAUUAUACUCUAGUUCAUUUUGAGUGUAACAUUACGAUACUGAACACUCUUUGGGCAGCUUUAUCAAAUAAUAUCAUCUAUUUAUUUUUUUUUUUUUUUUAGCCUAGAUCGUGUCAUUUGUAACACGAGAUUUGAUAGCUAUGACUAGUUUAAACAAUAAUACUUUGAAGAAAGGUAACUUUGUACUGACACAUCCAAAUAUGCGUAAACAAUUGCAUGGAUAAUAUAUGCAACGUUUUACGCGCAUGCGCAGAACUUAAUACCUUUAAAUUGCUUGUAAAAGUGAGAAUGUAAUAUUUGGUAAUGAGUACUGUGGCUCAACAGGAUGGGUGUUGAACUGAUCGUGAAAAUGCGUUACUGAUGUUUUUUUCUGCUUAUAAGUUCUGACGACACAAAAUGUGUUUUUUUCCGUCUCUGUUAUUCCGUUUGUUUAAGAAGUAUAAUUGUAAAUUUAUAUACACUGUGUGAAAGAUUUUUACUUAAAUAAAAUAUAAUUGAAAGUCC